UCUGUCCUCAGUUGUCCAUUCUAGUUUGGGCUUGAGAAUGUACACAUCCUCCUGGUCAUCAGUUUUGCAUGUGCUGACCUUCAUUAUCCUGAUAGGUCCAGUAGUGAUUACUUCCAGCAUCUCAUCAUGUAAGGCACUGAGAUGUGCCUUCAUCCUGAUUCUUCAAUCAUCAAAUUUGUUUAAGUUGAAUAGGAGGUUUUUGGCUAGUUGACUGUCCAUUGUUUAGAAAGUGUUUGGGAGGGGAAGUGGCUUUGGAUCUUUAGUUCAAACUAGUCAAUAAAUGACUCUAGGAACACUCUGCUCUGAUACCACUUGAUGGUCCCGGAUAGGGUAAAAGUCUAGAGGGGGGCUGAAUAGACUUUUAAAUCUUUUCGACCUUUACAAAGAUUUCCCUCUAGAGGAGUUUAUCUAUAAUCUUUUGAGAGAUUAAUAGAUGCACAACGGAAGUCUUUACCCUUUAUAUAAUGGGUGUUUUAACCACUUUCUGAUCUGGGGAAGAUUGGACUUAGAUAGCUAGCAGUUGGCUUGGCAGUUGGCUUAGCAGUUGGCUAGGUAGUAGGGAACUGCUGAGGCAACUGCUACACAAAUACAGACUUUAUGAUGAAAAUGAUGAUGGAAUAUUGUUUAGGAUGAUGAGGGCUUUCAAAAAAGGUGCUUUAGCAGGAAUAAGUUGAAGUUUUACUGGAGCAAUGGUCUCGGCAGUUGGGUGGUACUGAGGAAACUGGUGAGCCACCUGCUUAGGUUAUAAGCAGAUUUUCAGAGAUCCGUUUGAGUAAAACUUCUUGUUGAUGAUGUUAAGGGAGUCUGGUAAUGUUGUGAUGUUCAAUGGUUAUGAAUGUAUAUGAGCAGUGGGGUCAGCAGUUGAGUGGUGAUGAGGGAACUGCUGAGGUACCUGCUCAGAUUUUGAUCUGACUUUCAGGGAUUGAUUUUGAACACACUUUUUGACAAUGAUAUUUAUGACUGACUGGUGAAACUGAGAUGGUCACAAGAAGUGACUUUUAUAUGAGCAGAGGGCUCGACAGUUGGGUGGUCACCAGGGAACUGCUGAGGCACCUGCUAUACUUAGAAAGUGAAUUACUGGGAAAUGGUAGAGCAGACCUUUUAGUGAUGGUGAGGUGCGUCUCUGGUGUGAAAAUGGUCUCAAAGAAAGUAAGUGAUUAAGCAGUAGGAUAAGCAGGUUGGUCAGUUAAGACAACUGCUUAAGAUUCUGCUGGCAAACUUCAAUCUUUUUGUGAGAAGUGCUAAGUGUGUGCUUUGUUGAAUGAAUGUAAAUAAACACACAGUAUAUCCUGGUUCAGAGGUGGUGUAAUCCUCCUACGUCCAGUCCCACCUUCUUUCAGAUGGAUUUCACUAAAGUAUUAAGCCCAAUACACUUAGUGCCAAUCUAGCCUUUACAACACUUAGGCCUAGAUUGAAGGUUUUUCACAGUGAGUAUAGCACCACUCAAAGUUACUCAGUCCUUAGACUUUUCUCUAAUGACCCAGUGGGGAUCAAAAGGUACUCUAUCUAUCUACUUACACUGUAGGAUCCGAACAACUGUUCUCCUAAGUGUUUACAGCAAUAUGUGAUUUGUUAUAAGAAAGUUCUAACCUCCAACUAGGAACUAAACUUCUAUGAUUUGGCAAUGAAAAGCUUUGUAAACUGGAAGUUUAGUGAAGCAUGAGUCCAAGCAGAGAGUAAAGUUUAGAAUAGCACUUUCUCUUUUGCUAGAUAUCUCGCAAAUGCUCGUGAUAGAAAUUCUCUCUUUGGAUGCUCAAAUGCUUGGUUAGAAACUUUCGUUUCAGCCUCUAUUUAUAGGCUUUUUGGCUAAGUAAAUCUUAUCCGUUGGUUAGGAUAGAUUGAUCUCUUCCGUUGAACUUCUGAAGAGUACGAGUAGUACUCUUGUCUUCUUGUGCUGGAGCUUUAAUUGCGGCAGGUGUUUUUGUCUAUAAAUAAUUCGGCCGCGGCAUCUUCUUCCAGAUUUGACUCUGAGCACACAUGCCCAACUGAUGUACGUCAACGAAAUAGUCGCCAGGCUACGUCUAGGAUUAUUGUCAAACUUAUCAAACAUGAGUACGAUGAUCCAUCCAAUAAGCCAUACCCUCCGAAAUUAGUGAUGCUUGAUAUGCAGACCAAAUAUGGCAUUUACAUGUCAUACAGAAAAGCAUGGAUUGCAAAAGAAUUGGCAAUGGAACUGGCUAUGGGAUCUGAAAAAGAUUCAUAUGCACGGUUACCUUCAAUGUGUCAUGUGCUUCAAAGGAGUAACCCAGGUUCUAUUGUUUCCUAUUCGUGCAAGGAAAAUGGUGAAUUUAAUAAUUUUUUCAUGUGCCUUUCUGCAUGGAGGGAAGGUUGGAUUCAUUGCAUUCCGGUCAUAGUAGUGGAUGGGUCUUUUUUAAAGUUGUAUUAUAAGGGUACAUUACUCACUGCAUGUACACAAGAUGCAAACAAACAAAUAUUUACAUUGGCAUUUGGUAUUUGUAGUGGAGAAAAUACUGAAAAUUGGUCAUGGUUCUUCAACAUGUUGAAGCAUUCGCUAAUGCAUAGGGAUGAUCUAUAUAUUGUUUCUGAUCGGCACGAGGGCAUUAUUAGUUCUGUGCGUUCUGUAUUUCCUCAUGCGGAGCAUGGUUACUGUGUUUACCCCAUUUUGGCUAAUUUAAAAACAAGAUUUCGUGGUUCUCAAAAAACUGUGUCAUGGAAGUUUUUGCAGACUGCUCGUGUUGGAUCCGUCUAUGAGUGUGAAGAGUACCUUCAAAUGCUUGAUAGUGAGGAUCCACGCAUUCAUACGUAUUUAGAGCGAAUGGGGCACGACAAAUGGUCUCGUGCUUAUGCUAGUCGAAAUUGGUACUCAGUUAUGAUGUCAAACAAUGCGGAGUCAUUAAAUGCAGUUAAUGCCACUGCCCGAGAAUACCCAAUAUGUAAGUUGAUAGAGUUUAUUUUGCACGAAUGCAAAAGUGGUUUUGUGAACGGCGAGAAUCUUCCUCGUCAAACAAUUGCCGUUUAUCUGCACACUUUGAAUCUCAACUAGCAGUUUUACAAUCUAUGGCAGCCGUCAUGAGAGUCAAACCAUCAUGUGCUUUUGAGUUUGAGGUGUUUGAUAAUAGAUCCCGCUCUUAUGUUGUCAACUUGAAGGAGCGCACGUGCACUUGUCGAGAAUUUCAGCUUGAUGGUUUUUUAUGUGUGCAUUCGGUUGCAGCUAUUCGCUCCCGCCCAGGACUUUCUUGCUACGAUUACAUUUCAGAAUUAUAUACAACACAUCAUUGGGCACAAACAUACCUUGGUAUUAUUCAUCCUAUUGAGAGUCCGGAUAGUUGGAUGGUGCCUUCACAUGUGAAGCAAAUCACUUGCAGCCCCCCAUCAUGUGAAUCACGACCUCCUGGAAGGCCGAAAAAAGAAGAAUUCCUUCGUCAGGAGAACACGUUCGGAGACAAACAUGCACUCGUUGUCUCAUGGCUAGACACAAUAGAAAGACUUGUAGAAAUCCUAUUCCAUUACACAUGCGUUAAUUUUUUUUUAUUUUCCGUUUUCAUUGCAAUGCACUCUGUCAUACUUUUAUUCAGGCACUUCUUUAUUCUCUGGUAAUUUAAUGCUUUGAAUGAAUGGCACUUCGUUAUUCAUUGUUAUUUCAUUUCCC